AGCCACCCCUUGUUCCAAUUUGUUUCAUUUAGCACGACCCCCAAUGCGCCCUUUUUGUUCGGAGAGUGGGAUUGAAGGUAAUGCUUUAGAAGGAGAUGUUGAUAAGCUUUUCGAGAUUAUUAUGGAUAAUGCUCAGCCACAUUGUGAUAUGGAGAAAGCUCUUGACGGGCUUGGUGUCCCAUUGACUACUGAUUUGGUUGUUCAGGUGCUUCGUAAGUUUCGUUUCGAGGAGAAACUAGCUUUUAGAUUUUUCAUGUGGGCGGGCCAAAAGGACAACUAUGAUCAUGAAGCUCAGGCGUAUAAUGAUAUGAUUGAUAUACUGUCGAGUACCAAGUACAAGGUGAAGCAGUUUCGGAUUGUUUGUGAUUUAUUGGAUUAUAUGAAGAGACAUAACAAGAGUAAGGUUCCUGUUGAGGUACUCAGUACGAUUUUGAAGCAGUACACGGAGAAGCAUCUGACUUAUCUGCAGAAAUUUGCCAAGAAGAAGAAGAUUAGGGUGAAGACGCAGCCGGAGAUCAAUGCAUUGAACUUUCUAUUGGAUGCCCUGUGCAAGUGCAGUCUUGUACAGGAUGCCGAACAGAUGUUAAAGAGGGUGAAGAAAAGUAUCAAGCCUGAUGCAAAUACAUACAACAUUUUGUUUUUCGGUUGGUGUAGAGUUAGGAAUCCGAGUAGAGGGAUGAGGUUACUGGAAGAGAUGAUUGAAGUGGGUCACACGCCUGAUAAUUUCACUUACACUACUGCCAUCGAUGCCUUUUGCAAAGCAGGGAUGGUUACUGAGGCAGCUGAACUUUUUGAGUUCAUGCGAACAAAAGGCUCUACAGUUUCUUCUCCUACUGCAAAAACUUAUGCAAUCAUGAUUGUGGCGCUUGUGGAGAAUGACAGAAUGGAUGAGUGCUUAAAACUGCUGGGACAUAUGAUAAGUAGUGGUUGCCUUCCUGAUGUUUCUACAUACAAGGAACUACUCGAGGGGAUGUGUUUGGCCGGAAAGGUCGAGGAGGCUUACAAGUUCUUGCAAGAGAUGGGAAACAAAGGGUACCCUCCUGAUAUAGUUACUUAUAACUGUUUUCUCAAGGUUCUUUGUGAGAAUAAGAAGAGUGAUGAAGCACUUAAGCUUUAUGGAAGAAUGAUAGAUGUUGGCUGUAUGCCUAGUGUACAGACUUAUAAUAUGCUGAUUUCAAUGUACUUUGAGAUGGGUGAUCCUGAUGGAGCAUUCGAGACUUGGCAUGAGAUGGAUAAGAGGGGCUGUGCACAGGACACUGAUACUUAUUGCAUGAUGAUUGAAGGGCUUUUUGGUUGCAAUAAAGUGGAAGAUGCGUGUUCUCUCUUGGAAGAUGUGGUGAACAAGGGAAUGAAAUUGCCAUAUACCAAGUUUGACUCCUUUCUAAUGCAGCUUUCUGUAAUUGGUGAUCUUCAAGCCAUCCACAGACUUUCGAGGCAUAUGAGUAGGUUCUAUAAUCCUUCUAUGGCAAGACGCUUUGCAUUGAACCAGAAGCGGAGGAGCGUAAGUUUGAGAGAGCACUAAUAAGAUUACUGCAUUACUAAUCCACUGUCUGAGAUAGGGAAUGGGACAGAGGAGCCAAAGCACAUCAGCAUUUAACAUGGAGUACUUUUGGCU